UGCGUUAACCGGAUUACGAGUAUUGUUUACAUCUCCAGACUGGAUUAAUAAUUACCCAACUGGUCGUAUAGACUCCGUAAAAAAUCUUUUAUCAGUUACCUAAGCGACGGUUAGCGCGUUACUUUCAAUUCGCGUUUCUUUCUUACGGAUAAUACUGUUAAGUAGAUCCCUCAUAUUUCGCGCGCAAGUUUUAAAAAUUUCCAGUUCGCGAAAUGCGUAAAGUUCUUAAUUCGCAUCGUGUUUAAAUGGUGAUAUAAUAUUUUAAUUGUAUAACGUUUUUAUUUACAUUUCAAUUUUUUUUCUUAUUGUUUAAAUUUGUGUACCUUCGCGGAUAGUUCGAAUAAAAUAGUUCCUAAUGGCAUUAAUAGGAGCGACGAAUCAGCAGAAAACCAAAAUUUAUGAAGAAAUUAAUGAAACGAAUUCGAAUAAAUUAGAAGACAACAAAGCAAUCGUUCAAAAAUGGCUGAGUUUACAGCCUCAUCUGCCGAAAAAUUACGAUGAAAAAAUACUCGCCUCGUUUAUCAGAGGAUGUAAACACGAUGUUGAAAGGGUUCAACGAAAACUAGAUCAUUAUUUCACGUAUCGUACUAUCAUGCCUGAUUUAUUCUUGAAUCGAGACACCACAUCAUCGGAAAUCAGAAACCUAAAAGAGCAAUUUAUAGCAUUUCCUUUACCUGAAUUAACAGCUGAUGGAUGCCGGGUUACAUUUCAUCGCAUCAAUACCUCCGAUCCAAAUAAAAUUGAUGCAAGAGCUAUUGUAAGAUAUUUACUAUUGUUAGGAGAAAUUCGUUUAAUAGAAGAAGGUCCCAUCGCUGGUGAUGUGUGGGUAUUCGACGUUUCCUUUGCCACCGCUUCCAUGGUGUCUAAAUUAAUUAAUCCAGUCGUUAAAAAAGGAAUUAUGUGUUCGCAGAGUGCUCUGCCACAAAGAUUAAAAGAAAUUCACGUGAUAAAUGCGCCUCCUUUCAUGGAUACAGCAGUCAACAUAAUCAAAAUGUUUGUUAAGCAAAAAAUCAAGGACAGAUUUCACGUGUGCUCUGACACCCAAGGCUUGUACAAGUUCAUGCCAAAAGAUUCAUUACCAUCGGAUUACGGCGGAAAAGAAAAAUCCAUUGAUGCUUUACAAAGUGAAUGGUACAAAAAACUAGAAAGCUAUCGUUCGUAUUUCGAAGAACAAGAAAGCAUUUGUUCCGAUGAAUCGAAAAGGAUGAAUAAAACAGAACCAACGAGUAGCGAAUGCGAAGAUCUUUUUGGUACGACCGGAUCCUUCCAUAAAUUAUCAAUCGACUAAUUAUUAUGUACCUUCGUGAGAAGAAGAUCGCUAGUUUUGUAUUUUCAUGAAAAUGUAUCAAGUACCUAUUUUAAAAUAUGUAGUGUGUAUGUUCGUUUUCAUAAAUUGUGUUUCUUGUUUCUUUUUUUAAGAGAAAAAAAAUCGAGCUUUUAUAUGCAACUUUUUACCAUCUUUAGACUUUUUUGGUGCGCGUAAGUUUACCUACCUAUAUGUAAAAGCAAAUGAUGAAAAAUCAACUUUCCACGUGUUACAUGUAUAAUAAAAUUUAUUUACGAGUUUAACGGUAUAAAUUCCACUUAUGGGUUAAUGAACACGGCUCGAUCCUCUUUGAAUGUUUAAAUUGCUGUGAGUAAUGAUAGUACAUAUGUAGAUAAAAUGAAAAAUUACAUCGAUUAAGUGAAUAAAAAUACUUCCCUGUGCUUAUACAUUUAGGCAAACUUUUUGACA